AUGAAUCCUUCACUCCUGUUCCAUUUCUUCUUCAUGUUCUUCACUUUUUUAACUUCAAAAGCCUUUUUUACAUCUUCUUCAAUCUCCUACUCUGAUCACUGCAAUUCUUACGCUCCGGAAGCCACUCCUACUGAUCGAAUCUUCACCCGGUUCCCGUUUCUUGAACCGGUAACUAGCCAUUACACAGGCGGUCAAAACAUUCUUGAUCAAGAUGGCCCAUCACAAAGGUCCAUCCUCUUCGAAGCCACCCGUAACCUAUUCAAGACAAACGUCGUUGACACGUACAAAAUCCAGGCCCGGUUGAGUUUCAUUUCAUCAAAUAUAUAUUAUCGCCCGACCAAUUUUAGUAAUAUCAGGUCUAGUUAUUCACGGGUUGGUAGGAGAUAUCGUCGUACGUUGGUGUUUUAUCUAGACGGGUUUUGGUCAGUGUCUACGAGUAAGCUUUGUAUGGUUGGAUCGGCUCGUUGGUUUACAAAAGAAGGUAAUUCACUUAAACUAAACGCUGUUCUUAAGCUUAAAUUCGCUCGGUUCAUAAACUUGGAUAACAGUUUAGUAAGUGGAAUGUUGGAGAGUUUAGCUUCUCCUAAUGAUUUUGAUUACUUUGACCCGAUUUCAAUGUUGGGUUUCCCUCGAGUGGCUCCGUUCAAAUACAACUAUACGUUGGUAUCUAAUGAAGAGUGUAACGUAACUAAAACCAAGACCAUCCAAGAUUCGGCAAUUAGUAUGAAAACGAAAGAUAUAUGUUCGAUUUUCACUCAACGAUUCACAACUUACAAGUUGGAGUAUCCGAGUAAAUGUACGAAUUGUUCAUUUUUGGGUCAAGAUAACGGUUACUUGCCUACUUUCGUGUCACUGUACGCGAUACAGUGUUCUCAACAAGACAAAAAGCUACGCUUUUUAGUAGAAUUUCAAGACAGAAGGUUUACUCCAUAUGAUCAACCAUUCCGACCUGACAUAUCACUAAUCGGUGAAGGAACAUGGAAUGGGACAAAAGAUGAGUUGUGCAUCGUUGCGUGUCGCAUCUUGAACCAAAGUGAUCCUAUGGGUAGCGCCCGUGUUGGGGAUUGCUCGAUUAGGUUGACUUUGUGGUUCCCUGCGGUUUGGUCAAUCACGAAAACACAUACCACCGAGGGUCAAAUUUGGACUACCAAGUUAACAGAUGAUUUGGGGUCGUUUAAAAUGGCUAAGUUUCAAAGCUUUGAUCAUAGCAGGGAGCAUUACGGGUUGAAGUAUGAAUAUACACAAAUGGAAAAAGUAAAAAGGAAAUGCCCGAAAAAGAAGCAUGUAGGGGGAGAGUAUCAAUCAUCGUAUUAUGGUUUUGACAUGUUUGUCAAACAUAAGAACAUGGUUUCGAGAGGUUCUAUAGUCCCGGUCUUUGUGGGAGGUCGAGGGUUCAACGAUUACACAUUUGGGAAUCCAAACUUAAGUCCAUGGCUAGUGGCGGCAGCCCCAUUGGGAGUUAUUUCAACCACUGCAUACAACGGUCCAGUGAACAUCAGCUUUGAGAUCAGUUUUAUGUUGAACAUUAGUUCCGUUUCAAGAAGCGGGAUUUCGUCGCUAAAUCUAUCCUCUACCGAUAAUGAUAGAACGUCGGUGGAGAUCUCUGCAGAAGGGGUUUAUGACGAUGAAACAGGCCAAGUUUGUAUGGUUGGUUGUAGAAACUUGAAAAACGCUUCGUUUGACUGUGAGAUCCUGGUAAACUUCCAAUUCCCACAAGGUAACCAAAGUUUAAUAAAGGGGAAUAUUCGGAGCUUACGUAAAAAAACCGAUGUUUUGUACUUUGAGAAUCUUGAUAUCUUUUCACUUACGUUCUCCGAAUCUGAAGCGAAAGAAUCAAUAUGGAGAAUGGAUUUAGAAAUCAUCAUGGUCUUGAUAACGGACACACUUAUGUGCGUGUUUACAGGAGGACAACUAUUGCAUUUGAAAAAGAGGCCUGAAAUGAUUAAUUUCAUUUCGGUUUUGAUGAUGCUGAUUCUUACUCUCGGGCACAUGGUUCCUUUAGUGUUAAACUUCGAGGCGAUAUUCUCGAACACUAGGAAUCAGCAAAAUGUACCGAUUGGAAGUAAUGGGUUGCUUGAAGUGAAUGAGGUGAUUGUGAGGAUAGUGACGAUGGUGGCUUUCAUUUUGCAAUUCCGUCUUCUUCAAUUAACAUGGAUUGCGAAAAAGGAUCGUUGGAUUCAUGAGAUACGGACACUUGUCACUUGUUUACCUAUGUAUGUUAUCGGUGGGUCAGCAAUGUUGCUAGUGAACUGGAAGAACACUGAUGACAGUUUUUCAAGUCAACUUUCGAGUCAAAGUCAACGUUCCGUCUGGGGUGAUUUGAGGUCUUAUGCUGGACUAACCCUUGAUGGUUUCCUAUUCCCACAACUAAUACUCAAUAUUUUCCAGAGAUCUAAAGGAAAUGCUUUGAGUCAUUGGUUUUAUAUAGGGACCACAUUCGUCCGAUUAAUACCUCAUGCGUAUGAUCUUUACAGGGGUCAAAAGUAUAUACGCCAUCGGUUUGAAAGGCUAUAUAUUUAUGCAAAUCCGAGAGCAGAUUUUUACUCACCUUCUUGGGAUAUUGUCAUUGUUUGUGGAGGCCUAGUGUUUGCAGUGAUCAUUUUCUUGCAGCAACGUUUUGGUGGUCGGUUUAUGUUUCCGAAGCGAUUCCAGCAGCAUGUUGAGUAUGAAAUGGUGCCUGUAACAAGCAAUGAGUAA